CAAUGCGGACUUCGUUGUUGCAUCUCUCUCCGUUCUUCUCUUAACGGCUAAGCCUCUCUUUCUCCUCGUAUAUAUAUGCACCUAACAUCUCACCACCAUUCUUGUGCUUGUCUUUGAUUCUUCUGCUAGCAAAAGAGAUGGAGAGAUUUUGUGCCUUCCCCUCUUCCUCUUCUUCUUCUUCUUCUUCUUCUUCUUUCUCUUCUUCCUCUGCUUCCUCUUCUUCUUCUUUGGGCAUUUGGGCUGAAAGAGGAAGAGAGAUGGGUAACUCUUCAGUCUCUUCAAUGUUUUGGAAGCUAACAUCUGCCAUAUUCACCUUCUUUUUUGCAAUGGUGGGUUCUAUUGUUGGAGCCAUAACGGGUGCAUUAGUAGGCCAGGCCACCGAGAGUGGAUUCUUCCGUGGGGCUUCUGUUGGUGCUAUUUCUGGAGCUGUUUUCUCAAUUGAUGUCUUUGAAUCAACCCUUUUUCUCUGGCGUUCUGAUGAAUCUGGGCUUUGCUGUCUCCUGUACAUGAUAGACGUCAUUUCAAGUCUUCUGAGUGGACGACUUGUUCGGGAGCAGGUUGGCCCUGUAAUGUUCAGUGCCGUACAGGCUCAGAUGAAUGCCGUUGAGAGAACCACAGAAGAGGUUUCUGACAUUUUCGCCACUGGUGGUACAAAAGGGCUGUCUGGAGAUUCAGUCAACAAACUCCCAAAGAUGAUGAUUACAACAAAAAACAUUGUCGAUGGUUCUGGUGAGGGGAUGUGCUGUUCUGUGUGCCUACAGGACUUUCAGGUUGGGGAGACGGUGCGGAAAUUGCCUCACUGUCAGCACAUCUUUCAUGUACCUUGCAUUGAUAACUGGCUCAUCAGGCAUGCUUCUUGCCCACUGUGCAGACAGGAUCUCUAGAAAACUCCUAUUGUAAAUCCUUAACCAUUGAGAUGUAUAUGAGGUUGAGAUGUACAUGACAUUGCUGAGGCAGUAGAUUGUAAGCUUUCAAUUAUUCAUCUUCUUUCUUACUCCCUUCUUUUGUAACUAAUUCUUAGGCAUGUGUUGCAAUGGAGCUGGUUCUCUCUCUCUUCUGCUGAAUAUAUGUAUAUAUUCAUGCUCA